AUGCAGAGUUUACCGGAGGGCAGCCGGGACGACGGAGGGACCGGAGCGAGGAGCGCAGAGCUGAAGGACGGACGACCAGGAGCGAGACACGAGGAGCAGGAGUCCCUGAUGAUGGAGCUGACCAGGAUGGUGCAGAAGGUGUUGAAGGAGAGCAGCUGGUGGGAGAGGAGGGGGGUGGACUGCAGCAUCCUGGCAGCAGCCUUCCUCAGUCUGCCUCCCGCCUUCCUGCUGCUGAGCUGCUCUCAGCUGUGCUGCUUCUUGGCGGGGAUGCUGCUGAUGGGCGUCGCUCACGCCGUCAUCACAGUCAAAGGGACUCACCUGGCCAGCCACGGGACGCUGAGCGAGUCCAAGGUCCUCAGGAAGUUCUGGGCUGUCUUCUUCAUCGAGGUCUGCGGCUCGUUCUCAGCUCAUGUCGGAGUCAACGGCCACGUUAAGAUGCAUCACGCUUACACCAACGUCAUCGGACUGGGAGAUUCCAGCGUCUGGAAGGUCCCCUCUCUGCCUCGCAGCCUCUACCUGUUCGUGGCCCCCCUGGCGGUGCCGGUCAUCACCCCGCUGGUCGCCCUCACUCACCAUGACGGAUGCUCAUGGGUUUGGAGGAUCAGGACGGUUCUGAUGGUGGCGCUGGGCCUGUAUUCACAGUACUGGCUGCUCGUCCACGUGUCCGGGAUCAGGUCCGUGCACGGCGCCUUGCUCUGCAUGCUGGUGUGCAGAGCCAUGUUCUCGGUGCCGUUCAUCCACGUCAACAUUUUCCAGCACGUCGGUCUGCCCAUGUUUUCUGUGAAGAAAACACCGAAGAGAAUUUACCAGAUGACCCACGGAGUCCUGAACCUGCCUCGUAACUUCCUGCUGGACUGGACGUUCGGACACUCGCUGAUCAGCUGCCACGUGGAGCACCACCUCUUCCCCUUCCUGUCGGACAACAUGUGCCUAAAGGUGAAGCCUGUGGUGUCCAGGUACCUGACGGACAGGAAGCUCCCCUACCAGGAGGACACCUACCUGUCCCGUCUGCACCUGUUCUACCACAAAUACCAGGAGCUGAUGGUGUUCGCCCCGCCCAUCACAGAGCUGGUGGGGGUGCAGUGA